AUGGUUCGCUCCAAUGGCGUCAGGCUUGCCCACUGGCUCGCUCGUCGCUCUUUUGCCUCCAACCCCAUCCACAACCCUACAUCCUCCGCAUGCGGGAGGAUGCUUGGAGGCGGUUAUAGGACAUUCAAGACUGGGGUUUGCAACAAUUCUGGGGUUUUAGGAAAUUAUACUACUACUAAUAAUGUUUGUAGAAAAAGUUGGUUGCUUGGAGCUCUGAAUACCAAUUGGUUCGCUGCAAGAUCAAUUCAUGGAACUGCAUCUAUGUCCACAAGAGAUUACUAUGAUACACUGGGUGUAAGCAAGAAUGCAAAUGCAUCAGAAAUAAAGAAAGCUUAUUAUGGGCUAGCAAAGAAGCUCCAUCCAGACACAAAUAAAGAUGAUCCUGAUGCAGAAAAGAAGUUUCAAGAAGUUCAAAAGGCCUAUGAGGUUUUAAAAGAUGAGGAAAAGCGUCAACAAUAUGAUGAGGUUGGCCAUGCUGCAUUUGAAGAUCAAGGCAAUGGCUUUCCCAAUGAUUUCAGGAAUCCAUUUAAAGAUAUCUUUGAUGAUAAUAUCUUCAACAUUUUUCGUCAGAAUUUUGGUGGUCAAGAUAUCAAGGUUUCUUUGGAACUUUCCUUUAUGGAAGCUGUUCAGGGAUGUUCUAAAACUGUGACAUUUCCAGCUGCAGUGGCCUGUGAAGAUUGCGGUGGAAGUGGUGUUCCUCCUGGCACCAGACCUGAAUCAUGUAAGCGCUGUAAAGGGUCUGGCAUGACUUACAUGCAAACUGGCCCAUUUAGGAUGCAGACAACUUGUACUCACUGUGGCGGAACUGGUAAAACUUUCCCGACACUUUGCAAAUCAUGCAAUGGGAAACGAGUCACAACUGGAAUGAAGUCAGUCAAGUUAGAUAUCAUGCCAGGUGUAGAUGACAAUGAAACUAUAAGGGUGUUUAGCAGUGGUGGGGCUGAUCCUGACGGAAAUCAACCUGGUGAUCUUUAUGUUACCGUUAAGGUUAGGGAAGACCCAGUUUUCCGUAGGGAAGGUGCCGACAUUCAUGUAGAUGCUGUUCUGAGUAUCACUCAGGCAAUUCUGGGAGGAACUAUUCAGGUCCCAACUCUCACUGGAGAUGUUGUAUUGAAGGUCCGUGCUGGCACCCAACCUGGUCAGAAGGUAGUCCUAAAGAAGAAAGGAAUCAAGACAAGGAACUCUUAUUCGUUUGGUGAUCAAUAUGUGCACUUCAAUGUCAGCAUCCCAGCGAAUCUGACACAAAGACAACGAGAAUUAAUUGAAGAGUUUGCCAAAGAAGAGCAGGGGGAAUAUGGUAAGCGUGCCGCUGCCGGAGCAUCUUGA